CCACUCUCGACUCUCGCGAAGGUCGGAGUGUCGGGGCAGUGGAAGUAUACGAUACCGGGGGGGCCACGACUCAUCGAGGAACGAGCUGGCAGUUUUUCCUUCACGCAGCGUGACGGGAAAAAUCGAAUCCGGUGAUCGGGGAACGUCAGCGCUGCCGAGAGAGACGCGAGCGAGCGAUAAUAAUGUCGCGCUGCAUCGCGCGACGACGACGACGACGGGCCGCGUAAUCAAUCGCGGUGAGAUUUUCCCGCGACAGCAGCGUCGUCCGAACAUGCAACGUGCGGUGCGGGACGGCGGGCACCGAGCGACAACCGAGGAGGCUCCUUCGAGGAACUGUCAGGGGGAUCGUCGCCACCACCAUCGCCGCCGACGCCGCCACCACCGCCGUUACGCCGCGUGAGUCAGUGCGAGAUCGGACGGAGGCGACGCGCACGCAAAAUGGCUUCGGGCGACAAUGUGGAUGUGAUCGAAGUGGUCGAGACGACGAACUUGCCCGGGUCGGCGACGCGGCCCGCGGUCGAUCAUCUCAGGCCGGACCAGUCCACCGCCGAGGAGGAUUAUAACAAAUCGAUUGGAGAAAAAACAACAGCGUUUGAUAGUUUACAAGUGGUACAACAUGGUAUCACUAGCGGCAAGAACCCCGCGGGGGUGUCGAGAAUCAAAUCGGAACGAGAGAGAAAGAUUGGGCAUCGAAGAGUUGGAGUGGGUGGUGAAAUCACAUAUAAAAAGAUUCAAACCACACAAAUUAUGGGAUCUAUUCAGUUGGGUAUACAGCAUGCUGUCGGUGGUCUUGCAAGUAAACCGGAACGCGAUCUAUUAAUGCAGGACUUUAUGACGGUGGAGACAACGAAUUUUCCCAGCGAAGGAUCAAAUCAUACUCCGGCCCAUCAUUUCUCGGAGUUUAAAUUUAAAAAUUAUGCACCCAUUGCAUUUCGUUAUUUUAGAGAUCUCUUUGGCAUACAACCGGACGACUUUUUGAUGUCAAUGUGUAGUGCUCCAUUGCGCGAAUUAUCAAAUCCUGGCGCUAGUGGGAGUAUCUUUUAUCUAACGGAUGAUGAUGAAUUUAUCAUAAAGACUGUGCAGCAUAAGGAAGGAGAAUUUUUACAAACUCUUCUUCCAGGAUAUUAUAUGAAUCUAAAUCAGAAUCCGAGAACACUAUUGCCAAAGUUUUUUGGGUUGUAUUGCUAUCGGUGUAAUAGUAAAAAUGUUAGAUUAGUGGCUAUGAAUAAUCUUUUACCUUCGUUUGUAAAAUUGCAUCAGAAAUAUGAUUUGAAAGGAUCUACAUACAAGAGAAAGGCAUCGAAAUUAGAACGCUCAAAGUCUUCACCGACAUAUAAAGAUCUAGAUUUUAUGGAGCAUCAUCCAGAAGGCAUCUUUUUAGAGGCUGAUACAUAUGGUGCGUUAGUAAAAACUAUUCAACGGGAUUGUCGUGUAUUAGAAAGUUUCAAAAUUAUGGAUUAUUCUUUACUUGUUGGUAUCCAUAAUCUUGACCAGGCUGCAAAAGAAAAAGCUCAAGAGCAAAGAUUAUCGGCAAGCGCCGAUGAAGAAGCUGGGGAAGUAGGUGAAACUGAUGGAUUCAUUCAAUCUGAGAAGGAAAAAGAUAGAGAAGAUAGAAUAGGCGCUGCCGCUUUGAACCGAUCACGCAGUAUAAAUCGUCAAAGAUUGGUUGCUCAUAGUACGGCAAUGGAAAGUAUCCAAGCUGAGAGCGAACCGAUAGAUGAAGAAGAUGACGUACCCUCAGGCGGCAUUCCUGCCAGGAACGCGCGUGGUGAACGUCUUUUGUUAUUCCUUGGUAUUAUCGAUAUUUUGCAAAGCUACAGAUUGAAAAAGAAAUUAGAACAUACGUGGAAAUCGAUGAUACAUGAUGGGGAUACAGUAUCGGUUCAUCGACCAGGGUUUUAUGCGCAACGCUUUCAGGAUUUCAUGGCCAAGACAGUAUUUAAGAAAAUACCAUCACUGGACCUGCCUGAGAUUAAGGGGAAUCACCGCAAAUUCCGUAACCUCGUCACCAGCUAUAUAGCCUUGAAGCAUUCCCCAUCGAAGAGGAAAAGUAUAAGCAGACCACUGAGGCCACUGGAGGGUGAUUUCGAUUCGACCGCGGUGGCGGCAACUGGAGGUUCGGCAAUGCAUGCUACAUCACCUACGAAGGCCGCAGUUAGCUUGCCCGAUUCUGCGAUCAGCGCGGCGAACGCGGCGGUCACGAGCGGCUCGGUGCCGAUCGCCACCUCGACCCCGGUUAAUCCCGCUGCCGGUCCGCUGAGUCCGCCACCGUUGACCUUAGCCGGUCAGAUUCCGCAUCCGCACGAGCAUCCGCCGGGGGCCGCUCCCACGGUCAAGGUCACGACUUACCCAGCCGUGCUGAAGGGUAGAAGUGCGGCAAGUCCACCGAAUCCGAACCUGGUACCGUCCGGCAAGGUCCCACCGCCGGUGCCACCGCGGGGCACGGGUCCCUCGAGGACCGGCAGGUCCUCCGAGGAACACCGGACGGCUGGCGCUAUCGUCUCAACGACGUCAUCGGUGACUUCCAGCCGAGGUGGCACCCUUCCUUCCACCUGUUCCACCCCGCCCCCGCCUUUUGACGACGCAGUCCGCUCAAACGAUCAAACUCUGGCUUCCGGUGGUCAUCUUCAACAAGGCGGUGCAACCAUUCUCGCGAGCAGCCUGAGCUCCGCUCAUUCCAAGCACAAUAAAGUUGUUCAUCAUGUUACGCUCACCAAGACGUAUCACGACACUGUAAGCAUAUCGGAUGUGCAUUUGGAGAGCAGCGGUAGCGGUAGCGGCAGCGGCGGCAGGGAAACCAAGUCAUCGCUGAGCGUCGAGAGCGGGGGUAGCAGUCGCGGUGGUGGUUGUCUCACAUGGACUCCACCAGCUGGAAGCGCAGAGGGUUCGACGCCCACAUGGACCGAGGGGACGCCGUCCUUCACCGAGAGCUCCAGCAGCGGCGACAUAGGUUGCCCGACGACACCAAUCAAGGGUAAUCAGCGUCAGGAUGACGGCGGAAGGAUCGCGGCCACCGUGGAAGAGGCAUUAGCAAGUCUCACGACCGAAAUGGAGAUACUGCAGCGCGAGUGAGAAUGCACGACUAUCGUCCUUCUCCACUAAUCUUCGUCACUUCGUGUGCAACGUGCUGUGGGUGAUCUGCACCGUCAUAGCGACGAAUCUUCUGGAGUGAAAGUGAGAAAGAGAGAAAGAGAGAAUGCGCGAGUGAGCGUAUGCGAAGGAGACAUAGAAUGAUUAUAGACAGCAAAGAGUUUAACCCUUGAUUGGUCGCGUUAGAAUAAGUUGCUGUGGCCGGUGUAAUUUGCUUUUCAGGCUAAUUUGACAAUAGUAAAUUUGUUUAAGUUUCGCUAUUGGUAUUGGGUACUUUGUACUAUUCCCUUCACAGAAAAUUAUGCUUUAUAUGUUAAAAUUUUUGUCUUUCUUUAUCAUUCUUCUCUUACCCUCAUCCUUUGUCAUCAUUAUUAUUGCCAUUGAUUUUCUUUUUUCUAUUCUUGCCAAGAAAAUUUCUUGUUUUUUAGUUAUUCUUACUUUAUAUAUAUAUACAUACAUUAUAUAAGGAUGAUUCAAAAAUACUUGUACAUUUGGGAUAAGUUGUUCACACAUAAACAAGAAUAAAAUUAUAUGAAAUCGAACUUACUUCAAGUGAAGUUUGAUCAUAAUUAUAUGACAAACUUGUUUGAAGGGAUUAAUAAACGUAAUAAUGCUAGUUCCUGCCAGGAGUCGCCACAAUCUUCAGAGUUUAGGAUUCAGGAUGGCUGGGUUCUCCAUUCAUCCUCAUACAUGCUUCAUAUUUUUAGAGCUUAUUUUUUAAAAGAAAUUAUUGCCAAAGACUGGCAGAUUUUUGAAGAGUAGGGAAAUACAUAAAGGGCGGGAGUGUAAUCCCUUCUAAAAAAUUUAUAUGAUAGGAUCUUUCCGAUUCUUUCCAAAAACCAUGAAUAUUCUCGUCUUCACAAUGGGCUCCCCAGACUAUAAUGGAGGUAUCGGAAAAUAUUUCUUUUUCAAUAGAGAAAGUUUUUAUGGGGUUACGUGCUACCAGAAUUUUAUUUGAUCACUAAGUUAAAUUCUCUUGCAGAUAUUCUGGCAAGAUCAUGUUUCGAUCAUAAUCUCCGUCCGUGAUUAGAAGAGCAAGGAAUUUAACUCUUUCAAGUCUCUUUGUAUAUAUCCAAGGAUAUUUGACUACCCGACAACUCUUUACAAGAUGAUCAAUAAGUUGAGCAAAUUCUCGAAUUAUGCAUUUUGUUUUGUUUCUGAAGGAUAAAACUAAGUUUUGAUUAUUUCGUUUUUCUUGUGUUAGUUUAAGAGUCAUAGUUUUUGAAUUUAACAAGAAACAUUUACACAAAUUACUUGGAGAAGUUUUGCAUUUUUAAUAGUUAAAAAAAAGACCCAACGAUUCACAAGAGCAAUUGUUUCCUUAAUAUUUUUCUUGGUAUGAUUGGUAAGAAUCUCCGACAAGGAGGAAAUCAUCUAAAUAAACCGCCAAUAAGAAGUUCUUCCUUUUAGUUCAUUCAUUAUCGGCUUUAAAACUUUUGUAAAAAUGUAAGGACUGAUAUUUAACCUAAAAGGUUAUAUUCAAUGGCAAAAACUGACAGAAUAUAUGUACAAUAAUAUAUGAUCAAUGUAAUAUAUCUUCAAUUUAAUUGUUUACCUACUCAUAAUUCACAACAAAUGGACACAUCAUGGAUUGUCACAUCUUUUCAAAGAUUCCAUGAUGAUUGCGUAUGGUUCCGCAAGCUAGGAUUGGUGAAGCGUCUCUUCAUUUGCAACUUCAGAUGCAUAAACUAGGGCUUUUAAGUGUCCCCAUAGAUGAAAAUCUAAUAAAUUUAGAACAGGCCAGGGUAAUGAAUUGAAUGUAAUCAUUCGAUUAUAACUCACAAACCAGGCAUAUGUAUAUAUGACAUCUGCUUAUAUGUAGAAAGAUCACCUUCAAAGUUUGUACAAGUAUUUCUGAAUCUCAUCUUGUAUGUACACGCGCUCUCUAUUAAUACCUUAGAUAUUAAGGUAUUAAGGACUUGCUAUAAGUAUCCGUAUUAUUCUUCAUGGUAAUUUGUACACUUAAUCCUAAGAAACACUUAAUCGCACGACUACUUGAGGGUUGAAACGGAAGGUAGCACGAAUAGCUUCAUUGAGGAUCGAGGCGAAUAUUUGUUCUGGAUUAUCUCAAGUAUUAUUUGAUUUAAAUGACGCGUUUAUAAUUCGCUAUGUAAUGAUUGUACUUAACGUAAUUUUCAAUCAUUAAGGUGCAUUUCUGAUAUGAAGACGUUCGUCUCGGUCCGCAACUUCUAUUAUUAAUCCGAUAUCGAUAUGUAUAUCUGUAUACAUAAACAAGGGCGAUUAUCUCACUAGAGUGUGUUUCCCGCUAUGAUAAGGGAACACUUUCGAUAUCCUUAUAUGGGCAUCUUGAAUCUUCCUGGGUAUAAAGAAAGAGUCAAUAUCAUUGUGGUUACAUAUAUACUUAACAAGAACGUGAUAAUCGUCGGCCUACAAUACUCGAUAACGCUUUUGACAUUGCUGAAAUCGACUUGGGAAGUGAUUGAAAUACCAUUUUUGCAAUUUGUAGAGUUUCAUUGCGAAAUAUCACUUGUCCUUAAACUUUCAAAAAAGACUGAGAAUAAUGUAACUUCAAAUAUUUUAUUAUAUCGGCAUAUAAAUCUUUAAUUAAUAUACGUCUAGUUCAUUUUACUCUUUUGUUUAUCAAGAAAACUAUCAAUAUAUGCCGAAAAAUAAUUAAAUAUUCUAUGAACUUUUAAAAUUAGAAAUUUAUUUUGAAAUAUAGGAAAGUAAGAAGUCAAAAAAGUACCAAAAGAUCUAUCUAGAGUAGGACAUAUAAAAUAAAUGAAAAAAAUAAUCGCGUGUAAAAUUCAUGUGUCAAAAAGUAGAAAAUAAGCGAUUAUACAUUCCUAAGGAAUCAAGAAUUACGAAAAAUGGCAUUUUAUUCACUUCGAGACAUUUUCACGCGCAUCUAUUAUCCGCAUAUAAUUCAUGGGUCUUUUUCCUAAUCGAGUGGUCGCCGUCGAUGAAUUGAUAUCGUAAGUUUCACUAACACGUGAGAGAGAUCAACGCAAUAAAUAUUGCCAAUAUUGAAUUGAUGCACGACGAGAAACGGAGCGAUUGUAAAUAAAUAAAAUAUGCUUGCGCAUAGUGUUUGGCUAGCAGGAGGCCCGCGCGAUUCCUUUUUAUUGCGUUAUGUAGUUAGUGUUAUGUACAUGUGUCUAUAUGUGUCUCACACGUUCUAUCUAUCUCUGUAUGUAUCUAUACAUACACAUAUAUACACACACACACACAAAGAAAUGUGUACCGUGUAUACAUAUUAUAAAUACAAUGUGCGUGUGUACUUGCAAAGGAAUCGUCUCGGGUUGUUUUUCCCAAAUUCUGAUGAGCUUCGGAUAUAGAGCCGUUUAUAUAAAAUAGUUUGAAAAAAAAUAGGGAGAGAGAGAGAGAAGUAUUUUUUAUAUUCACGAAUCCUGUCAUGAAUCUUUGAUAAAGAAUAGAAAAAUUUUGUAAUAAAUCUGUACAUUUUGAUCGUAGCAAUUGCAACGAUAUAUUAUCUCCUAAUAGAGGAAUUUAAAAUAACAUUUAACAUUUUAAAAUAGCAUAGUUUCUCUGUUUUUUUUUCUCAAAUUUAUUUUUAUAUGAUAAUUUUAAUUUCUUGUAGCGCGAUAAUAUUAUAUAUAUAUGUAUUUUUUUCUCUAAGCGAAAUUUUUUCUAAUGCAUAAAAGAUAAAACUAUCAGUAGAUUAUUACCGAGAAUAAAAGUCGAAGCUAUUGAAGAAGUUACUACAAUGUAAUAACGAAAAUGUAAUCUUAUACAUAUAUUAUAGAUGAUGAUAUAUUCUGCUAAGAGAGAAAAAAACGAAAAGGAGAAAUUCAAUAUAGAGAAAAUUUCCAAUGUUCCAGAAAUGUCAAUAGAGAUGUAGCGAAUUCGUGAUGUAUGAAAGAUUAAAUCUGCAAUAAAAUAUAAAGUUGAUUAAAAUUUAUUCGAUAUAUAUCCGACGUUCAUCAGAAUCGGGUCUUACAUUCGGAAAUAUUGCCUUGCCGGUGCUGUAUUAUAUAUAAUAAUACGACACGAUGUGUGAGGACAAUUGGCGAGGAAAGGAAGAUAAAUUUAUAGUGCCGUGUACGUACAAUACUUCGUAGUAGCAGAGCAUUCAGAUGUGUAAUCGCGUUGCUGUAAUAGUACGUGAGAGUUAUCGCGAACGUUUUGAAAGGCCAAAAUGUUGUUCAAUUAUACGUAUUAUUAUUAUAUAAAACGCUUCUGAACAGUCGAUGUAACAUAUAUGAUUGGCGGUAAAAUCUCACCGCAUCUCGGUAAGAGAAUCUGAAUUUGAAGAGAAUCAAGCUUCGUCUCGAUAUCUUAUUAACAUUGCUUUCAUUUUGCACAUUCCGUCGAGUAUUUUCAUAAAUACGGGAUCGUAUAUUUUAUCAAUUGAAGAAGCAUUUGAGCGACUUUUGUUGACGCAUUCCAAUGAGAAAUUUGAUUUCUAUCUUUUAGCAGAGACACCACGUGUACAACGAUAAAUGAGAGUAAUAAUUAAUGUUACAAAUGAUAUUUUAUGGAUUAGAUCGACUUGCUUUAUCGGGCAGAGUCGAUGAAAAAUCCACGACGAUUAUUAAAGUUUUACCGUGGAUGCAGAUUUUACUGCCGAGAUAGCUUCAUGACACACACAGUAGCUUUGUUAACUCGAUACCCUUCUGAUGGGUAUUACUGUCAUCGUAAUUGUUAGGAUCCCGAUCCUAUAAACGUAUUACUAACAACGUUAGCAACUUUGAGAGUGUGAUAUUUUUUUAACAUAUCCCCGGGAGUUAAAUAUUUUGGAAUCUGAAUUGACGCAUGAAUAAUUCUUAUUGAUUCGCGCGAAAAAUUCAGAAAGAAUUAGAAGAUCAUCAUGAAUGCGUGCGCGAGAAAGAUGCUGCGUUGCUUAAAAAAAAUAUAUUGAGAUUGUUCUAAUAAUAAUAUUCAAUCAUUUUAUUUUUUUCGCCAAAAUGAUAAGAGAUAUUGUUUUGAAAGUUUCUUUUUAAUGUAAUUUUCAGCGAUUGUCGUGAAAUUAUCGAAAUUAUCGUGCAUGUUCCUUCUCGAUUAAUAUAAAUCUUUCCUGCUUGCAAGCGCCAAGUGGCAUGUUAUACGCAGAUGUUUCUGUGUGCGUUUCGUGUGUGCUUAUACAGAGCUGACGUUGAUGCCAUUCGUGAAAUAACAUUUAUUUUGUAACUUCUCGAUCAUAUCGUCGAACAAAUCAAUGUGCUUUGUCAUGUUAUAAAUAUAGCAGUCUCUCUUUUAUUGUUACAUAAUUAUCUGUCAAAUAUAUUAUUAAUAUUA